UGGCCCUCGCCUCCGGUCCUGGGAGGGGACGGCGGGACCGGCGGGACCGGCGGGACCGGAGGGAGGGAGGACUGGUCAGGGAGAUGGCCGCGGCGCCCGGAGGGUCAGCGCCGCCCACCGGCCCCGUCCCGCGCUUGGGUUUCAGCACCGCGGACAGCGGCGUCGGCUUGAGCGGGCUAAACCCAGGUCCUUCCGUGCCCAUGAAGGACCACGACGCCAUCAAGCUCUUCGUGGGGCAGAUCCCGCGGGGCUUGGAUGAGCAGGACCUCAAGCCGCUGUUUGAGGAGUUCGGCCGCAUCUACGAGCUGACGGUGCUGAAGGACCGGCUCACCGGCCUCCAUAAAGGCUGUGCCUUCCUCACCUACUGCGCCCGGGACUCUGCUCUCAAGGCUCAGAGUGCACUGCACGAGCAGAAGACCCUGCCAGGGAUGAACCGUCCAAUCCAAGUGAAGCCAGCUGCCAGUGAGGGCCGAGGAGAGGACCGAAAGCUGUUUGUGGGGAUGCUGGGGAAGCAGCAGGGUGAAGAUGAUGUCAGACGCCUGUUCCAGCCUUUCGGCCAUAUCGAGGAGUGCACUGUCUUGCGGAGCCCGGAUGGCACCAGUAAAGGCUGUGCCUUUGUGAAGUUUGGGAGUCAGGGGGAAGCUCAGGCGGCCAUCCAGAGUCUGCACGGCAGCCGGACCAUGGCGGGUGCCUCAUCCAGCCUCGUGGUCAAGCUGGCAGACACGGACCGGGAGCGAGCCCUGCGUCGUAUGCAGCAGAUGGCGGGCCAGCUGGGCGUCUUCCACCCGGCGCCGCUGCCCUUUGGCGCCUGCGGAGCCUACACCACGGCGAUCCUGCAGCAGCAGGCGGCCCUGCUGGCAGCGGCUCAGGGCCCGGGACUAGGCCCGGUGGCUGCGGUGGCCGCACAGAUGCAGCACGUGGCGGCCUUCAGCCUAGUCGCCACGCCGCUGCUACCCGCGGCAGCCAACUCCCCUCCUGGCGGUGGCCCGGGCGCGCUUCCGGGGCUCCCGGCACCUUUUGGAGUCAAUGGAUUCAACUCCCUGACCCCUCAGACCAACGGGCAGCCGGGCCCUGACACCCUCUACAAUAACGGGCUCUCCCCUUACCCAGCCCAGAGCCCAGGUGUGGCUGACCCGCUGCAGCAGGCCUACGCUGGGAUGCACCACUACGCAGCCUACCCAUCAGCCUAUGCCCCAGUGAGCACAGCUUUCCCUCAGCAGCCUUCAGCCCUGCCCCAGCAGCAAAGAGAAGGUGAGGGACAGGGCUGGACAUCAGGACCUGGUGGGGCUGGACUCAGGGUCCCUUCCCUGAACCAGCCUGCUGCUGUUCCUGCAGGCCCCGAAGGCUGUAACCUCUUCAUCUAUCACCUGCCUCAGGAGUUUGGUGAUGCAGAACUCAUACAGACAUUCCUGCCCUUUGGAGCUGUCGUCUCUGCCAAAGUCUUUGUGGAUCGAGCCACCAACCAGAGCAAGUGCUUCGGGUUUGUUAGCUUUGACAAUCCAACCAGUGCCCAGACAGCUAUUCAGGCCAUGAAUGGCUUUCAAAUUGGCAUGAAGAGGCUCAAGGUCCAGCUAAAGAGGCCCAAGGAUGCCAACAGGCCUUACUGAUCUGCUCUCACUGACCAGUCACAGAAAGAUUCAGAAGAGUGAGAAGAAGAAAAGAGAGGAAAAGCACAGAAGCGCUUAAGCAGCCCUUCUUGAAGGAGCAGCCGCAGACAGAGGUGGAUUGGGCCCAAGGCCAGUGCCUGGGGCUCAGGCCACUUUAAGGAUUGUCUUCAUCAAGUGGGUUGUUCUAUGCCUGUGGCAUAAAGCUCAGGCUGGAAAGGCAGCUGGGACUGGCUGAAGAUGGACUGUCAAGGGAACCAGCAGAGGGACUUGGUGGUGCCAGAGGCUUCUCUGCAAGGGAAGCUCAGAUUUACUUCAUUCAAAAUCAUAUCAUUCCUUAGAGUUUAGGGACCAAAGGACUAUUGCUUUUUAAAGAAUAUAUAUAUAUAUAUAUAAGUAUCAAAACAAAACAAAACACAUAAAAGAGAAACACAAAGAUAGAGUCUCAUAAAAGCUGCCUUUAAAUAUCCCUAGGAGACAGGGUGAAGGAGACCUUUAAAAGCCCAAGCCUACUCAAAGGGAGGCUGUAGAAAGAUUGUUGUUCUGUGUUGCAUACUCUCUUAAACCAUCUCCCCACACUGCCUUUUUAAAAUAAAUAAGGACUUGAAGUCUAGGCUCAGAUGCAGGUGACAAGAGAGUUAUGGAAACAGUGAAUCCACAGUACCCAAACACAGAGAGCAUCACCGAAGAGGCUUCAGGAGGAACUCUGGCCUGCCCUGGCCUUUACCACCAAGAGUGGGAACCUGCCUUUCUUUCCUGACAGCCUUUCCUGUGGAACCACUACUUCUCUGGGCUGGAAGAAAAAGGGAGUUUUGGCCACCCUAGCUUUUCCCUUUCCUCUCCAUAUAGACAGAGGCCCUGCCUUUGGCUGAGCCGAGACACCUCCUAAUUGCCCUCACCGGGAGACAGCCCCAGUGUCCCCUUGCUCAAGGCCACCUUCUAUUUCUAAGUUUGAUCAGCUGUAAAGUAGAUUCAGAAUACACGUAGAGGGCUGUGACAACAGACUUGGAAGUUUGCUGCUGUAUAUACAGCCAUUAAGAAGGGAGUAAUUUUCAAUAUCUAGAAGGUUCAGAAUUUAAAGUCCCUCUUUACCUACAAUCUGGGAGAGUAGAUGUUUUGCCAAAAUACUUCUUCAUUCCUUUAAAAAGUAUAUCUUUCUUAUGCAAAGUGUUUCACGUGCUUAUCCAAGGUGCUUCUAGAUGGUGAGCAGUGUUCAGCUUAGAAGUGGUGUGUGCUUUGUCUGUCUUUGUCUGUCUGUUGUAUACUGUGGGUGCCAUAUAAAGCUGAUCAAUGGUGGUA